AUGGCAUCCAAAAGCAUGCGACUGCUCCUACUGCUGAGCUGUGUGGUCAACCCUGAAGUCCUAGGUGAUAUCAUCCUGAGACCCAGCUGUGCUACUGGAUGGUUUUACUACAGAUCCAAUUGCUACGGAUACUUCCGGAAGCUGAGGAACUGGUCUGAUGCUGAGCUUGAGUGUCAGUCAUAUGGAAACGGAGCCCACUUGGCAUCUAUCCUGACUCUAAAGGAAGCCAACGUCAUAGCAGAGUACAUAAGUGGCUAUCAAAGAAACCAGCCCAUAUGGAUUGGCCUGCAUGACCCACAGAAGAGGCAGCAGUGGCAGUGGAUUGAUGGGGCCUCGUACCUGUACAGAUCCUGGAGUGGCAGGUCCUCGGGUGGGAAUAGGCACUGCACAGAGAUAGGCUACAAUGACAACUUUUUAACUUGGAACAAAAAUGAAUGCAGCAAGCGCCAACACUUCUUGUGCAAAUACCGACCAUAG